AUGAUCCAAACCAAUAAUGCCGCCCUGCAUCUUUCUCAUGCCGUCAUGGCACACCCAAAAGAUCUGGCUCGACUCGCUCAAAUACCAGGAGCUUCUGUAGACUUUUCACCUGCUCUGGGAGUGGUCGUUCCAGAAUUGGAGGGGCUCAUGAAGGCACCUGUGGGUGAGAAGCGGUAUCAGAGUCAGUUGAAUGUCCGCGCCGCUGUGGAGGCGGGAGCAGCAACCGGGCUCGGGUCCGAUUGGCCUUCUUCCAUCAUACCCGAACCGAAUUCCUUCUGGUAUCUACAAACCUGGAUUACACGCAAACUUCCAGGAAGAGGCAGCACCAAAGCACACAACAUCAAACAGGCCAUUUCCGUCGAACAGGCUAUUGAAGCUUGUACUCUUGGGUCCGCCAAAUGCAUGGGGUUUGACUGGCCGUCGAAAGUGGGCUCCAUUGAAACCGGAAAGCUUGCUGAUUUCAUUGUGUUGGAUCGCAAUCUCUUUGAAAUCCCGGUGGAGACGAUUGCAGACGUUCUGGUCGAUCGGACGGUCGUCUCGGGGAAGGUGGUAUUUGACCGUUUUUUGGAAGAAGACAAUCUUGACGUCGUCAAAGUGAGGUGA